UGCAAUUCCAGUCCGAUUUGGGACAUCGUCUCCUUCCUCCACUGCCCACCUGUUCUGCACUUCUGCCGCCGCCGCUCCCGCUGCCGCAGGGAACCCUAGACCCUGCUGAACAACCCCCUCACGACCCGCACGGCGUAGCUUUGCAGUUUGCGCGAAAUGGAAUUCGGCGUCGCCUCUCACGGCGCCGUCCUCGCCGCCGCGCCGCUCGUCGCACGGCCGACCUGGCUCCUCCUCUCGCCGCCGCCACCGGCGUCGUGUAUUCAGAUUCAGAAUCGUCUUUAUUCGAUCUCGUCACUCCCACUAAAGGCUGGACCUGUAAGGGCAUGCAGAGCUUCUUUAGCAAGCAGCUACACGCAGACAACUGAAACAGUUGAUUUGGACUGGGAGAACCUGGGUUUUGGAAUUGUGCAAACUGAUUAUAUGUAUAUUGCAAAGUGCGGGACGGAUGGGAACUUUUCUGAGGGUGAACUGGUGCCUUUUGGACCUAUAGCGCUGAGUCCAUCUUCUGGAGUCCUAAAUUAUGGACAGGGAUUGUUUGAGGGCCUAAAGGCGUAUAGGAAAACUGAUGGAUCCAUCCUAUUAUUUCGCCCAGAGGAAAAUGCUCAGAGGAUGCAAACAGGUGCUGAGAGGAUGUGCAUGCCUGCACCUUCUGUCGAACAGUUUAUUGAUGCAGUAAAACAAACCGUUCUAGCAAAUAAGAGAUGGAUUCCUCCUACUGGUAAAGGUUCUUUGUAUAUUAGGCCCUUACUUAUGGGAAGCGGUACUGUUCUUGGUCUUGCACCUGCUCCUGAGUAUACAUUCAUUAUAUUUGUCUCUCCUGUUGGGAACUACUUUAAGGAAGGUUUAGCACCGAUAAAUUUGAUAGUUGAAGACAAGUUCCAUCGUGCUACUCCUGGUGGUACUGGAGGUGUGAAGACCAUAGGAAAUUAUGCUUCGGUGUUGAUGGCACAGAAAAUUGCAAAGGAAAAGGGCUAUUCUGAUGUCCUCUACUUGGAUGCUGUUCACAAGAAGUACCUUGAAGAAGUUUCUUCAUGUAAUAUUUUUGUUGUCAAGGGCAAUGUUAUUUCUACCCCGGCAGUAAAAGGAACAAUAUUACCUGGUAUCACAAGGAAAAGUAUAAUUGAUGUUGCUUUGAGUAAGGGCUUCCAGGUUGAGGAGCGACUUGUUUCAGUGGAUGAACUGCUUGAUGCUGAUGAAGUAUUCUGCACAGGAACCGCUGUUGUCGUGUCUCCUGUUGGGAGUAUUACAUAUCAAGGGAAAAGAGUGGAAUACGGCCACCAAGGUGUUGGCGUUGUGUCGCAGCAGCUGUACACUUCACUGACGAGUCUUCAGAUGGGUCAAACCGAGGACUGGAUGGGCUGGACUGUGCAACUGAAUUAAUUGACCGUGGAUCAUUACCAACAGAUGAGUUCGCAAGAUCCUCAUCUAAGACGAUCACAAUCAUGUGUACCUCUUCAGUUACAGUUUUGUAGUGUCUAAUGCGAUGGCGUCCUGCUGUAUAUUUCGUAGAUAGUCUAUUUAUAAACCAUAAAACAGUCAUCGUCUGUACCCUUCAGUUUUGUAGCAUCUGCCGGAGACGAGUACUAGUUUGGUUAUUUUCUUUCUUUUCUGAACAAAGAACAGUUCUAGUUUUAUCGUGGACUCUGCCUUGUUUGUUUGAGAUUA